CGCCAAAUGGACAAUGUUAGGAAAAUGAGUUAUUUACUCACCCUCCUCCAAGGUCCCGCUAAAGAUUUAGUUGCGGGAUUCAUUUUAUCCAACGAGAAUUACACGAGAGCAUUGGAUUUGCUCAAAUCACGAUAUGGCGAUAAUCGAGCCAUCACUGAAGCACUAGAGUCGGAGCUCAUGAAUCUGAGCCCGCCAAAUGAGUCCUGCCAUUCAAUUCGAUCUUUCGUAGAUUCGAUUGAACGAAUUUGCCGUCAGUUGGAAGCUUUCAAUAUUGUCGAUCAAUCUCCAUUUAUAUCGACAGCCAUCAAGUCCAAGUUGCCCCGCUCUAUUGUCUCUAAACUAGUAGAGAAAGAGCGAGGGGCAGAAUCUCGUUGGAAUUGCGCUCAGCUCAGAAAAGAGCUUAUCAACAUUGUCGAAAUCAAAGAAGAGGUUCAGCGAUGUACAACCUCACAAGCGCCCAAAACACGAACUGAGACGACUGAGAACCACAUUUCCUCUAGAAGAGGAAAUUACCAAGCACGACAAGGAGCGCAAGAGCAAUCUCGUACAUUCAUUGCUCCUGCUCACGUACACAAGAAUAGACCAUUUGUGAAGUUUGGACAGAGAGAAUGCUCCCUAUGUCAUCAAGGAGCACACUUCCCAAGUAAAUGUCCAAAAUACCCGACGCCACAAUCGCGUUUCAACCGGUUAAAGGAGCAGCACCGUUGUAUAAGGUGUCUGCGCGAGGGCCACUCAUUUAAGGAAUGCCACCUUCCUAUGUUAUGCCGAAUCUGUCAGGGCAAACAUAGUUUUCUCGUCUGCACCACAUCAACAACGAGGAACCAUACACGACUUAACAAGACGAGCAAGAAGGGGACUGCGCCGAAUAGGCAGUUUACCCAAAUGACAACCACGAUUGAGACUCCGUUGACUGGAGCUAAUUUAACACAAGAGGAUCCUCCCGGCUCGGAGAGUGAUCCAACUAAGACAGUUGCAGCCAUGGCAUUUCCUCACUUGCGCAAAAAGUUAUCAGCGUACCUAAUGACACGAAAAUUGGCAGUAGAAUCGCCAGAAGACAAGAAAAGCAGAACACUUGCUUAUGUGUUCUUUGACCCGGGCAGUCAGCUAAGUUACAUCACCAAGGAUCUAGUGGACAAAAUUCGUCCACCUCAAAUAUCAAUCGACGACGUCGAAGUACACGGAUUUGGCGGAACAAUGAGAGAUCCAAUCAGAAUCCGCUCACCAACAUAUGCCGUCUCAAUCAGAAGAGAGGACGGUGGUUGGGAAGAGCUCGAACUCAAUUGGACCAAGGAGAUAAGUACCCCUUUCGAGAUGGUUCAAUGGACGACAGAAAUGCCCACUCAAGAUUUAGAUCACCCAGAAGUCCAGCAAGCACUCAAGAUAUCAUCAGAAGUCCCAGGAAUUAUGCUGGGAACACGACACUUUUGGAAACUGCCUUUGGUCCAGUAGUUGGAGGGGAGUCUGAUAUGAGUCCAUAUGGAGGACGACCUUCACACUCUAUGAUAGCGAUCGGCAAGUCUAAUAUUGACCAAAUGCCUCCUUCCAAUAUUAUAGAAGAAUUCUGGAAUUUGGAGGGGAUAGGGAUUACAG